AUGUUGACUCAAGUCAUUGCCCACUCUUCGCAGGCCUCGUCUUGGCGCAUGUACUUCCUUCCUCAAUCUCAGAUUUCCACACCACGACCUCAGCAGCACUCGGGGCGCUUCAAGAAACUCAGGCUCGCUAUGACAAGGAGUCCUCGGCCAGUUUCUCCACCACCUGUACCCACACCAGCACCGCCCACCGCCCCACCACUUGCUGCUACUCCUACGACCUUCACAGCCCACAGGGUGACGAUUUUCAACUUUCCAUCAUCACUUCAGCUUUACGACGAUCAAUGUACAGAGAUGCGGUCUAGGAUACUCUCUGUGACUUCCCCCAGUGCAUCACCAUUCGAGCAAAUUUUCCAGCUUGGUUCUGCUGCUGUCAUUAUUUUCGAACACUCUUUCUACGUUUUCGACCAGCGACGCCAUGCUAAGGACCAGCAAGAAUCUGUUCCCUCUGUUGAUGUCGCUCUUGAGCGGUAUAUGGCAUCUCCGCAUGCAAUUGCUGUCAGGGACGCAGUGAACACUGCCGUCCACGCAAAUCAAGGAAACUCGACUAAUUCGAAAGCAAAGCUAUUGUUUAGACGUUUCCGGAGGAAGGACAGACAACCUAAGGAUUACUCGGGUUUACUCGAAACCAUUCUUAAAAUCGCUUUAGAACAUCGCCUGCCACGACCUUGA